AUGAAGGGCCGCAGACCGAUUCUGUGCAUCGUGCUUCUGGGGUGCCUGGUGAACACGACGAUGUUCUCCGCCUGUGGUGCGCCAGCCCCGAAACGCGGCCCGAUCAUCUCUGACCAUGCUAUGAGCUUUCCCUUCGACUGCGAGUCUCCCUUCCUUUUUGCUGUCUACCACCUGGACCAUUACCCACCUGGCAACAAAGACAUGACUCCAAACGCCUCCCUGAAGGGACACAGGAUGGGCGCGGACUUCGGGCACCCCUCUGGUUGGAACAUGUACCACGGGGAGGAGAUCCCAGGUUUCCCGAAGCAUCCGCACCGCGGCUUCGAGACCAUCACGGUGACCAGGCGUGGUUGGGUGGACCACACCGACUCGCUUGGCAAUGCUGGGCGCUUCGGAGGGGGUGACGUUCAGUGGAUGACUGCUGGCGCCGGCAUCAACCACGCGGAGAUGUUCCCCCUGCUUAAUCAAGAAGCGGAGAACGUGCUUGAGUUGUUUCAAAUCUGGAUCAACUUACCCAAGCGCAGCAAAAUGGUGGAGCCCGGCUUCAAGAUGUUCUGGGCGGAGGACGUCCGUUGA